CUGGCUAUCCGCAAGUAGCUUAAAUCGAGAAGAGCGAAGUUGCUUUCUUUGUCAUGGUUUGGCUUACGAGGAACCAUGGUGGUAGCAGGUAAACUAAUCUCAUUAGCCAUUAUGACUUCACACCAAGCAAUAUACGAACUAACGAGUUCCUUCGUGUUCCUUGCAUGAUUUUUGCUUGGCCAAGAGAACAUCCUGAAGUUUUUGCCGGCCGCAAAAAGUAAAAAAAUUUCCCCCCAAAAAUUUGCCUCGCGACCACUGCAGUUUUGCCGUCCUUGCAAAGUCACACUUUCAGUCAGCAAGCAAGCCAGCCAUGCCCACCAAGGAUCAGCAAUUGCAGCAGAAAGUCAAGCACACGCUGGAAGCUAUCCCCUCCCCUCGCUAUGCUCCAUUGCGAGUGCCAUUGAGACGGAGAUUACAAACAUUGGCGGUUUUACUAUGGUGUUCUAUGAUGCCAAUAUGCAUGUUCAUAUUCUUCUUUUUAUGCUCCAUUCCUGUCCUCCUUUGGCUCCCCAUUAUCCUUUAUUUGACCUGGAUCUUGGUGUGGGAUAAGGCUCCAGAGAAUGGUGGAAGACCUAUACGCUGGCUACGCAAUGCUGCGUGGUGGAAGCUGUUCGCAGGGUAUUUUCCCGCACAUAUCGUCAAGGAAGCUGAUUUAGAUCCAUCCAAGAACUAUAUCUUUGGUUAUCAUCCCCAUGGGAUUAUAUCCAUGGGUUCAUUCUGUACUUUUAGUACCAAUGCUACGGGCUUCGAUGAUUUGUUCCCAGGCAUCCAGCCUUCGCUUUUGACAUUAACAUCUAAUUUUAAUAUUCCAAUUUACCGUGAUUAUUUGAUGGCGUGCGGACUUUGCUCCGUCUCAAAAACAUCCUGUCAAAAUAUUUUAACAAAAGGUGGUCCGGGCCGUUCCAUUGCCAUCGUUGUGGGAGGUGCUUCCGAGUCCCUGAAUGCGAAACCCGGAGUAAUGGACCUUGUGCUGAAGAGACGCUUUGGUUUUAUCAAGAUUGCUGUUCAAACCGGUGCAAGUCUAGUGCCCACUAUCAGUUUUGGUGAAAACGAGUUGUACGAACAGGUUGAAAGUGAUGGAAACUCGAGGUUGCAUAGAUGGCAAAAGAAGAUCCAGCAUGCCCUUGGUUUUACUAUGCCGCUCUUUCAUGGCCGUGGUGUAUUUAAUUAUGACUUUGGCUUGCUCCCCCACCGCCAUCCUAUCUACACGAUUGUCGGAAAGCCCAUCUCCGUACCUAGCGUCAAAGAAGGACAGUCAAAGGAUGAGAUUAUAAAAGAACUACAUGACUCGUACAUGCAUGCCGUGCAGGAUCUCUAUGAUCGUUACAAGGACAUCUAUGCAAAGGAUCGGAUAAAAGAGCUCGAAUUUGUCGAAUAACGUUUUUUCUCAUUUUUUAACAUCCCGCUUCAUCCCGACCAUUCUAAUGAGUUUCUCAUCUCCGUUUCACACUUUGCAUGUAAUCUAUUAUUCAUUCCAUUUUUUAAUAAUGAGAGCCGUUUUAUCAUGGACAGAAGGUGAUUGUAUACCCGUGACUGGUCUUGCAUGUAAAGGUGCUUGUUGGGUCGUCUGAAGCAAAACCUGUACCCCCCCCAACGAAGUGAAAAGUAGCAUAGAAUAAAAUCGAAUGAAUUAGCAUUUUU